UCUAAGCGGAGUGCGGCUGGCGCUGGCGCUGCGCGGAGUGGACAUGGGGCUGUGCCUCCCCUGCCUGGGAGAUGGGCCCCAGGACCCGCCAGACAUAGAUGAUAGAAGACUAAAACUUGCAGAAGCUGCAGAAAGAAGGCAGAGAGAGUCAUCAUCUCGAGGAAUUUUAAAUCUGCAAUCUGUAGAAGAGAAGAGGAAGAGAAAGGAAAAAAUGGAAAAACAGUUGGCUUCUGGUGGUCCCUCACAAGGGGGGCUUCGAUGGACAGUUUCAUAAAAAUGUGUGCCAAAUGGAAGAUAAGACUACUGCCGAUAACCUGUGGAAAACUGCAAUCAACUGGCGCUUCGUGAUGUGGCUUUUGCAUAUAAUACAUUAACACUUCUCUGUUUUAAUGUGAUAAAUGAUAAGUAAACUGUAUACUGGAAAUUAUUUAUUUUUUUUGAGCAGACAGACCUCAAGAUGUUUAACAAGAGGGCCAAAACUUUUCACUAUAGUCUCUUUAUUUUUGCUCAAGUGGCUAUCCCGAAGGCAGGGCUUGUAUUUGUAACUUCACAGAGAUAAAUUAGUACCACAUAAUAUUAUAUUUUUGCUUUAGGUGGUAAUGAUUAAAUCUUUAGUCAGUUUUUCACUUACAUUAUCUCUUUUAUAAAAAAAUUAAGUGGACAUUUCUAGCUUUGCUGACAUAUAUUAUGUUUAUUUUGCAUUUAUACUGACUUAAUGUUUAAACCUGUUGAUUCAAUGACUAAGUAGAAGGAAAUACCCAAAAAAUAAUUUGGGGGGGUUCAUAUAAAACCAACCUUCCUCAUACGUUUUGAUUCACUCGAUGCUAAUUUGUAAGCAAAUAAAAUAUUAAACCUGAUAUUUUCUGUUUAAAUUUUCUAAAUAAGUUAUGUGGAAAUGGGGGAUUUUCACUAAGCUAAAAUUUAUUUGCUGAGUUUAAAACUUGGUCCUUUUGGUACCAUAAGAGGGCAGUGCAGAUCAGAUUUAUUUCUCUAAAGACUUUUGUUGUAAUUAGAUUACUUACGAACAUUUGUCAAAGUAUGAGCUUCAUUGUCAUUUUUUAAAAAUCUAUUAAAGAAUUACCAUAAGGCAAA